AUGGUCAACAUCGCGUCGAGGAUUUACAACUUCCUCGCCCCAGCCGCUAACAAGGGCGAAGAUGGCCGCGACGUCUGGGGCUCGCGUCUAUCCUUCAUCUUUGCGGCAAUGGGCGGUGCAGUCGGACUAGGAAACCUUCUUCGCUUCCCAUCGAUUGUCUACAAUAACCACGGCUUACAAUUCUUCAUCCCAUAUCUGAUUUCUCUCUUUUGCCUGGCGAUUCCAACUUUACUCUUGGAAAUCUCCAUUGGCCAGGCAUACCGAGGUGGAUGUGUCUUGGCUUGGCACCAUGCUCAUCGUCGAGCGAAAGGUGUCGGAUUUGGCGUUGUUUACAUCGGUUACGCCAUCUGCAUUUACUACGUCCCCAUCAUAGCAUGGAUCAUGUCCUACUUCCGUCAUUCCUUCAUCAGCCCCUUACCCUGGGAAGGACGGAAUGAAGACUUCUUUUACGGCGACGUUCUCCAGAACGUGGACCCUAUCCCGGGCAACCUCACUGCCGACGGAUCCGCCGUUCAGGACUACUCAGAUUACCCAGGUAUGGGUAUGAACACUGAAGUCACCUUGUGGAACCUUUUCACCUGGUUCAUCGUUUGGCUUUGCAUGUACAAGGGUGUCGGUCUCAUGGGUCGUGUGGUUUAUUUCACAAUGGCUCUGCCAAUCAUUCUCAUGAUUGUCUUGAUUGGGCGAGGCUGCUCUCUCCCUAAUGCCAUCAAUGGCAUGCGCAUUUACUGGACCGAAUGGCACGGGAACAAGCUCGCUUCAGGAACGAUCUGGCAAGAGGCCUGCGGACAAGUAUUUUUUUCGACAGGAAUUGGGAUGGGCUAUUAUACCUCAUUUGCGUCAUACAAUCAGAAGUACUCCAACGCGGUCCAGGACGCACUCAUCAUCUGUAUCUCAAACUCUCUGAUUGAGAUUAUCGGUUCCAUGUCAGUUUUUGGUGUUGUCGGAUACCUCGGAAUGCAUCCGGACACUAGUGAGCGACUCAACACAUUUGUCGUCGGUUUUCUGACCUAUCCGGAGGCCAUUGCGGAGAUGCCAGGAGCCAACUUCUGGGGCGUCCUGUUCUUCGCUACUCUCUUCAUCCUUGGCCUGGGAUCCGCAUUUGCACUCCUCGAAACCCUCGUCACCAUGGUUUGCGACACUGACUGGGGCAAGAAAUAUCCCCGUCCGUAUGUUUCGACUGGCAUUGUUAUCGCUUCCUUCCUCAUCUCCCUUCCAUUUUGCACCGAGUUUGGGUACUUCCUGGUUGAUGCUGCCGAUACCUGGAUCAACUAUUUGGCACUAUUCUGGAUAGUCUGGUGCGAGGCAGUUUGCGCGACGACUCUGUAUCGAUACCGGGAUGUAGUGGACCAGUGUGGCCUUAUUUCAUGGUGCCUUUACAACAUCUUCGGCUACAUCGGAGGUACUGUGAUCGGGCUUAUUGUGGCGCACUCCGUUUCACCAGAGGCGGGUGCUGGUGUUGGCUUUGGCAUGUUCAUUGCCGGGAUGGUAUCCUCAGUUCUGUUCGCCUCUGACCCCACCGCAUAUUGCCCCCGGUUCCUCAACAAGAACGCGAUGAUGCGCAAGUUCUGGUACUUGACUUCGUAUUCGGGAAACCAACUUCGGCGCGAUCUCAAUGCGACGAUUUCCACGAGUGGGCAGUGGAAGAUACCUGCCAUUUGGGGUUUCGUUCUCAAGUACAACACUGCCCCCAUCGUCUCAAUCAUUUUCUCCUUCGCCUACCCAAACUUCUAUGCCAAGAACCGUAUGGAUCCGCUUCACAUCGCCGGCUUCACGUUUAUGCACGUUGUGCUUGCAGCCACGCUGGUCGGCCUUGUGAUGCCACGAUGGUUCAACGUGCUGGUCCCGAAGACAAAGGUGACAGAAGGAGUUUAUCCUGUAAUGCCGGGCGUUAUCUUUUCCAGGGCCAAUGCUGCCGGAGCGCUGGAUAUUGACGGCGUUCCUCAGAGCGCUGAUGGUUAUGGGAUCGAUAGGAGAAACACAGAGCAACAGGCGUGGGGCCCAGAUGGGAGCCAGGAAAAGGUGGCUGAUGAGCGCCGACAAGCUGGAAGAUCACUAUCUAAGAGAUUAAAAUAG